UUCGUGACGCCGAGGAGGCCGUCGGCUGCUUCACUAUGAAGCUGAACAUCUCCUUCCCAGCCACUGGCUGCCAAAAACUCAUUGAAGUGGACAAUGAACGCAAGCUUCGUACCUUUUAUGAGAAACGAAUGGCCACAGAAGUUGCUGCUGACUCGCUGGGUGACGAGUGGAAGGGUUAUGUUGUCCGCAUCAGUGGUGGGAACGACAAGCAGGGUUUUCCCAUGAAGCAGGGCGUCUUGACCCAUGGCCAUGUCCGCCUGCUUCUGAGUAAGGGGCAUUCCUGUUACAGACCAAGGAGAACUGGAGAAAGAAAGCGUAAAUCUGUCCGGGGUUGCAUUGUGGAUGCCAACUUGAGUGUUCUCAACUUGGUCAUUGUUAAAAAAGGAGAGAAAGAUAUCCCAGGACUGACAGAUACCACUGUGCCUCGUCGUCUGGGGCCCAAGAGAGCUAGCAGAAUCCGCAAACUUUUCAGUCUCUCCAAAGAAGAUGAUGUCCGCCAGUAUGUUGUGAGAAAGCCACUCAACAAAGAAGGCAAGAAACCCAGGACCAAAGCACCCAAGAUUCAGCGUCUUGUUACUCCACGUGUCCUGCAACACAAACGUUGGCGUAUUGCUCUGAAGAAACAACGCACUAAGAAAAAUAAGGAGGAGGCUGCAGAAUAUGCCAAGCUUUUGGCCAAGAGGAUGAAGGAGGCCAAAGAAAAACGUCAGGAACAGAUUGCCAAGAGACGUAGGCUGUCCUCACUGAGAGUUUCUACCUCCAAGUCGGAAUCCAGUCAAAAAUAAGAAAUUUCUAUGUGUGACAAAUAAAUACGCUCA